GCACCCGGGGCGGGGAUCCCGGUUUCCCUGCCCGGGUCCCGCUCCCGCCCGCUCCCCGCCGCCUCCCGGCCCAGCGGGGCGGGACGCGCCUGCGCGACGCCGGCGGAAGCGCCGCCCGCCCGCGGAUGUUGUCGCUGCGCGGCCCCGCUGAGCUCCCCGCUGCGUGUUGCUCUGUGCGCCGUACCGCCAUGGCCGACGACAACGAAGAGCUGCAGGCGGAUGAGGAGCUCCCGGCUCCGGCCGAGGACGCGUUCGAGCAGCUGGAGAACGACAGCCCUGCCGAGCGCAGCGGGCACGUGGCCGUCACCGACGGGCGCUGCAUGUACGUCUGGGGAGGCUACAAGAAUGCCCAAGUCAGGGGAUUUUAUGACUUCUAUCUGCCUAGAGAUGAAAUAUGGAUCUACAACAUGGAAACUGGAAGAUGGAAGAAGAGUAGAACAGAGGGUGACAUCCCGCCCUCCAUGUCCGGGAGCUGCGCCGUGUGCGUGGACAGGGUGGUUUACCUGUUCGGGGGGCACCAUGCCCGCGGCAACACCAACAAGUUCUACAUGUUAAAUUCCAGAUCCACGGACAAAGUGCUGCAGUGGGCCAGAGUGGAGUGUCAGGGGGUUCCCCCUUCGUCAAAGGACAAACUUGGCGUCUGGGUUUACAAAAACAAGCUGAUAUUUUUUGGAGGCUAUGGUUAUUUUCCUGAGGGGAAGCAACGGGGAACUUUUGAAUUUGAUGAAACCUCUUUUUGGAAUUCAGGUCUUCCUAGAGGGUGGAAUGACCACGUGCAUGUUCUGGACACUGAAACCUUUACUUGGAGCCAGCCUAUAACUACGGGUAAAACCCCGUCGCCACGAGCAGCUCACGCCUGCGCUACCGUCGGGAACCGGGGCUUCGUGUUCGGCGGCAGAUACAGGGAGUCCAGGAUGAACGACCUGUACUAUCUGAAUCUGGAUACGUGGGAGUGGAAUGAAAUAACCACGCAGGGCCUGUGUCCCGUGGGCCGCUCCUGGCAUUCCCUAACGCCCAUCUCCUCCGACCACCUCUUUCUCUUCGGAGGAUUCACCACGGACAAGCAGCCGCUGAGUGACGCCUGGAUUUACUGUAUCAGCAAGAAUGAGUGGAUACCGUUUGAACAUAACUACUCUGAAAAACCAAGGUUGUGGCACACGGCCUGCGCCAGCGAAGAGGGAGAGGUGAUCGUCUUCGGGGGCUGCGCCAACAACUUACUCGCCCAUUCGAAAGCUGCUCACAGUAAUGAAAUCCUCGUGUUUUCUCUACAACCGCGAUCUCUCGUAAGGCUGUGCCUCGAAGCCGUCAUUUGCUUCAAGGAGAUGCUGGCGAGUUCCUGGAACUGCCUCCCCAAGCACUUGCUGCACAGCGUCAACCAGCGUUUCGGAAGCAACAACACCUCGGGCUCCUGAGCAGGUGUAAUAAUUGUACCCAGCGUGGCAACCAUUCAACUUGUAUAGGUUAAAUAGCUGUAUUGUCGUAGGUAGGUGCUUCUUGCCUUUAAGUUGCAUGUGAAUGGCCUAGAGAGAACCUAUUUUUGUGUAAAGAUGUUUGCAAUAAAUGUAUUUAAUGCAAGUGGAGAUGUAUGCUGUGCUUAAGCUAAAAACUAGUUCUGGGUUUGGCCACGUUGAAGUAGGCGUAGGGGCCAACACCGCGAGAGAAGAGCGAGUGUGUGUGUGUGGAGAUACUGGUGGAGGCCCCAGCACAGGGCUUGAGGACUUACUGGUUGUGCAGGAAGCACCCAGACUAGAGGAGAGGAGCACAGCUUUAGUCUGGGCUCAAGAUCGCAGUCCUGGCUUAGUCUACAGCGUUAAUAAACUGCUUAACAUUGUGCCACAAAUGCUCUAAGGUCAGAGAAAUGGGGUUUGGAAGUUGUACCUUGUCAGAGUUGAUCAGUGUUGUAACGCUGCAGCUGUGAGGGCACCGCCACUCUGCUUGUUCGUAGCUUUGUUGUUUUGGAACUCUCGGUGUUGUGGAACUUCAAUGGUGAACCCUGGGCAGCAGAUAUUCUGCCCUGAGAGGGGGAACGGAAGCGCUUGAGCCGUUAGCGGCCGCGUCUGUCACCUGUGGAGCUCGUGUAUGGCGGGAACAGCCAGAGCCACCAGGGACCCCGAAAAGCGGCCUCAGCUCAUCCACAGCCCAGCAGGUGACACUGGGGACAAGGACGGGCUGUGCUGCUGGGGGAAAGGGGUGAGAUCAUGUUUAAGCUGUCCUCAAAAUAAAAUAAAAAUAAAAUCUUUGACUUGUAAAACCAAA